UUGAUGGUCGUGUAGAAAAAUGUGAAUGUCGAGGUGGUAAAUGUUUGCUACAGUACAUUUCCCAUCCCUGGCCAGAAGGUUCUUCAAGAGGAAAUGAAAAUAGGGAUAGGAUAGGGAUGUUCAAAAAUAAAUAUAAGAAACAAAUAUAAACCAAAAUUCACAAAUUUGCGAAUAAACAUGAAUCAUUGUCCAAAACGAUUUUAAAUAGCGAAAAACGGUACUUAGAUCGAAAAUAAAUUAGGGUAGUAGAGGGUUAAAGUAAUCAUCACUUUUGCACCGUUUCUCAUUUACUUUUGAAGGAGAUGACAAAAAUUGUACUGUAUAUUAUGUCGCCCAAACAAGAUUCACACGUAUACUUCUUGCAGUUCUACAUUGAAAGUAACUCAUAAGUGCACAUCAUCCUAUCAUCUUUUUUUUCUUUUCAAUUCGUUCUACCAAAUACUUUUAGCAAUGAUUCUCAUGCCAAUGAUAUGUAUUUCUCCUUCUUUUUCUUUUGUGUUUGUACUUUCAGAGUUUGAAAAAAUGGUAUGUCCACGAGAGGGUUUUAGAGCGCAAUUGUGGCGCCUCAUUUUCUGAAACGCUGAUCAGCAAUUGCCCAUAUGAUGGAGUUCCGUUCCUUUUUUUACUUUCCACGAGGGGAACUUCCAUAUCUGCAUCCUUCUUGCACACCAAAUGUGCCAAAUGCAAGUGAUUUUUUAUUUAAAACGGGAAAUUGAUUAGGGUUUAUUAUUGUGGACAUUCUCAAACACCGCAUCUUAAUUAGUAUAUCCUUUCUCACCAAUUUUAAGGUUUUCCUGUAAUCAAGACACGGAUUUUUUUUUCAAACAUAUUAUUUUGUUUCAUCCGCCUCAAGUUCCUCACAAUUCAUCAAUCAUAAAAUCAGAAUGGUAUCGCGCAUAUCGUCGACUGAAAGCGCGGCCGCAACGAACCAUGCUUCUUCAAGGAAAUGACCAUCACUGCGUAACAAAAUUUGUGGAGCAGCUAGUUAAACAAGUCGGAAGGAGAAUAAUUUUCUUUUCUUUUCUUUUUCUUUUAUCAAAAAUAUCGUUUGAAAUACCAAGUUGCAAUAUUGUGCUGAAAUAUGGCCGGCGAAGCUCGUUGAAUGUGAAGUACCCUCCGACGAUAUCUGCUGGCUCGCUAAAACGACGGACCCAAACGUAUAAUGAUUUCUAACUUGCAAUCAAAAACGUACACUGAAGGAAUAUUUGAUUAUUUCACCAGGUGUUUGUAUUUCUUUCUUUUGUGUUUUCCAUAUUUUCAGCCAUCUCUCUCUGUGUCUCCUCUUUCCCUUCUUGCUCGGGUGCAUGAAGAAGAGACCUGCUGGGGUUGUCUGUUGCAAUCAAGUUGAAAUUUUUCCAUCAAAUCCUACCGGAAAGAUACCCAUAAUAUCAAGAACACAUCUAACAACACUUCUACCCAUGGAUCAAGAGAAGCUGGGAGACGAUACAGAACAGCAUCGGCCCGUUGCUCAGUCUUCGAUUAUCUCUUUUUAUCUCUCUUUGUCUAUUUUUCUCUCUCUUUGUGUCUUGUUUUGUUCUCUAUUUUUUCUAUUUCAUUCCGACCAACAUGCCCAUUUGUGCCAUCACAUCCAAGUGCAUUUGUCCGACCAUGUUCAUCUACCCACGUUGUCAGUCAACCGUCCCGUUUCAUUCCACUGUGGUCGAUGGCAAUGAAGCAAAUUAAAAAAAAAUCUCGGCGAUUAGCAUUAAUCGCUUAACUGCUCGUUCAUUUCUAUCGCCAUUCAUUAAAAAUUCAAAAAUAAAACAAAUCAGUCACUCAAUGCUCUCGAUUAAUCCAUAUUAUUUUUCUAUUUAUUUUUUAUUUAUUUUCAGGAUCUCUAUUUCUCUCGCAUAUUUUUCUGUUUUCGUUUUCGUUCUUUUUAUCUCUUGAAAUUACCUACCCCUGAAAAAAUGACACGAAACAUUGAUUGCUCCCCUGCCCUCUUCUGCGAGAUCAUUUCCAACUGUGCAUUAACCCAAUACUACACUGCCACAGUCCUCUACAGUAGCGAAGUGUGAAAUGAACUCAUAUUCUCAUAAUGAUGAUGGGGGAACACGCCGAAAAGAUACCAAAAUUCAGCCCUACAUCACCCAACCGGUGUACGACCUCCGCCAAUCGGGAGAUGUGGUCUUUGGACCUGGAACGAGAUCAGCCCUGUUGGGAAUUCUGGGUGGAGCCUUGCCACGUUUGACCACCGAACAGCAUGAAUUGGUCACUCGUGCCAAGAAGUACGCCAUGGAGCAAAGCAUCAAGAUGGUCCUGAUGAAGCAAACGCUCGCCCACCAGCAGCAACAGUUGGCCAGCCAGCGCACCCAGGUUCAACGUCAGCAGGCACUGGCCCUCAUGUGCAGAGUCUACGUCGGCAGCAUUUCGUUCGAGUUGAAAGAGGAUACAAUUCGGGCUGCUUUCCUCCCGUUCGGCCCAAUUAAGUCGAUUAACAUGUCAUGGGAUCCGAUCACCCAAAAGCACAAAGGGUUCGCUUUCGUUGAGUAUGAAAUUCCGGAAGGAGCUCAACUAGCACUGGAACAGAUGAACGGUGCAAUGUUGGGAGGGCGUAACAUUAAAGUUGGCCGCCCAAGCAAUAUGCCACAAGCGCAGCAAGUAAUUGACGAAAUCCAAGAGGAAGCGAAGAACUAUAACCGCAUCUACAUUGCAUCCAUUCAUCCGGAUUUGACGGAAGAGGACAUCAAGAGUGUAUUUGAAGCAUUCGGACCUAUCGUCACGUGUAAAAUGUCCCAGGGUAGCGCAGCUCACACCCAUAAAGGAUACGCAUUCAUUGAGUACCAGACCAAUCAGUCGGCGAUCGAAGCCAUUGCCAGCAUGAAUCUCUUUGAUCUGGGUGGACAACUUUUAAGGGUUGGCCGUUCUAUUACACCACCAAAUGCGUUGAUGGGCCCGGCAGCUAACUCGGCAAUGCCAACAGCAGCGGCAGUCGCUGCAGCUGCUGCCACAGCUAAAAUCCAAGCUAUGGACGCCGUUGCAACCAAUGCCGUGCUAGGCCUAUCGGCAGCAACGCCAACUCUUAAGGUUGGCCUCGGUACGUUGCCCAUCGCUCAAACCAUUACUACGGCUGCCAAUGCCAACCUAGUAGCACAAGCUCAGCUCGCGGCCGCGGGUCAAGCGGCUGUUAUAACGCAGCCCGGAUUGCUCGUUCCACCGGUUACGAAUGUUGCUAGCUUGGCACCAUCCCUGCUGGUCAAUCCUGUUCUAGCCAAUGCAGCCAAGCCUUUGCAAUCAGUAUUAAGCGCAGCGAAUCCGGCUGCAGUUGCUGCUGCAGCCGCUGCCGCUGCGGCCGCGGCAGCAGCUGCAGCUGCAAAUCCUAAUGCAACCGCAGAAGAAGUUUUCAAAAAAGCUCAAGAAAAACAACAGGAAGAAUUGCAGAAAAAACUCCUUGAAGAAGGAGAACCGCAAACGCUGCAGCAACAAGAAACUAUGUCCAUCAAGGGACAAAGCGCACGCCACUUGGUCAUGCAAAGACUCAUGAGGCCUCGUGAGAGUAAGGUUGUUAUAUUGCGCAAUAUGGUUGGCCCGGAGGAUGUCGACGAAACGCUGCAGGAUGAGAUUCAGGACGAGUGUGGUAAAUAUGGUAUUGUGGAGCGGGUCAUUAUCUACAAGGAGCGCCAAUCCGAAGGCGAUUAUGCCGAGGAUGACAAUACGGAUGUGAUCGUUAAGAUUUUUGUUGAGUUUUCUCAGGCCCUCGAGGCAGAUAAAGCCCGCGAAGCACUCCACGGUCGCUAUUUCGGUGGCCGUCUGGUCAAAGCCGAAUCGUAUGACCAAGCGCUCUUUGAUCAUGGGGAUCUAUCAGGUUAGAUGUACCCACAACACAAAUCAGACAAAGAGCGUGGCCACACUCUGAUCCAAAACUGAAUCCCCGAAUGUAGAGCGUCUCGUUCGUAACGAAGUCGAAGAAAACCCACUUCGAGUAAAAUUAGCUAUCACCCCAGCGCCAGUCAGGAUUAAGAAUAAAGUGUAUGAUCUAUUUUACGAUUCACUAUUUACCCCUACCUGUUGCGAGAGCAUGAAAAGAGCGAGCCACAGACAUUACUUGGAAAAUUUACACCUAAGAUGGACACAAUGGAACAACAUUGAAAAGAUUAUGAUUUUCGAAAAACAAUUUAUUAUCCUUACUAAUAUAAUUGUAUAUACACAAUUACGCUUCUCUUCAGUAACAAAUAAAUUAAUCUAUUAUUUUAAAACUGA